AUGUCACCUGAACCUACAGGUUCUACUGAUACAGCAACAUCUGAGCCCGCCGGUACCACCUCAGUAUCUGAAUCAACACGUCCAACUGAUUCAGUAACAUCUGAGCCUGCUGGUUCCACCUCAGUAUCUGGAUCAACAAGUCCAACUGAUACAGUAACAUCACAGACUGCAGAGACUACAUCGCCAACAGAACCUACAGAUCCUACCAAUACAGUGCCGCCUGAGCCUACUGGUUCCACCUCAGUAUCUGAAUCAUCCUCUCCAACUGAUUCAACUGAUUCAACAUCUGUCCCCGCUGUAACAACAUCCACAGCCGAUCCAACCAGUCCCACUGACACAGUAACCUCUAAACCUGGACAGACAACCAUGUCACCUGAACCUACAGGUACUACUGAUACAGCAACAUCUGAGCCCGCCGGUACCACCUCAGUAUCUGAAUCAACACGUCCAACUGAUUCAGUAACAUCACAGACUGCAGAGAGCACUUUGCCAACUGAAACAACCGGUUCUACAGAAACAGUAACAUCUGAGCCUGCUGGUUCCACCUCAGUAUCUGAAUCAACAAGUCCGACUGAAACAAUAACAUCACAGACUGCAGAGACUACAUCGCCAACAGAACCUACAGAUCCUACCGAUACAGUGCCGCCUGAGCCUACUGGUUCCACCUCAGUAUCUGAUUCAUCCUCUCCAACUGAUUCAACUGAUUCAACAUCUGUCCCAGCUGUAACAACAUCCACAGCCGAUCCAACCAGUCCCACUGACACAGUAACAUCUAAACCGGGACAGACAACCAUGUUACCUGAACCUACAGGUUCUACUGAUACAGCAACAUCUGAGCCUGCCGCUACCACCUCAGUAUCUGAAUCAACUGGUCCAACUGAUUCAUUACCAUCACAGACUGCAGAGACCACAUCGCCGACUGAACCUACAGAUUCUACAGGUCCAGUCACAUCUGAUUCGGCUGGUACCACCAUGUCAUCCAUUGAACCAACCAGUCCAACCAGCACGGUAACAAUUGAAUCUGCUAAGACCACAUCAUCAGCUGAAGACACCUCUACUUUACCAACUACGCAACCAACCACACCAUCUACCAAACCGCCAACUGAUCCACAAACAUCACCUAUUACGUCGACAACUCAAACAACUACUCGACCUCCCACCACAUGGAAUAGUUUGCCAAUACAUUGA